AAUUAUACAAACCGGAUGUCAAGAUUUUUUGGUAUAAAAACGCAGAUAUUUUGCCAUGAUUACAGUUGCAUCGAAGCAGCUUGGAGGAUUGGUGGUUUAGAAAGCUCGGAACAGAGAACACUGAGAACCUUUGACAAGAUGAAGGCCGUGUUGCUGUUUUGCGUUACUCUAGGACUCGUCAAUUCAAUUCACGGUGCAAUUUUCAAUGAAAACUCCAAGCAGUCAGCGGAGAAGGGUGUUCCGGAAGAGCUGAACGUAGAAGAAGAAACUGCUAUAAGAGACGAAGAAAAUCUAAAAACUGGAAGUCUGUCGAAAGAUGACGAAGGCGAUGACAUGGAAGCGGACGAGAACCUUUGGUUAGCUGAAGGCAAUUAUGAACUUGCAGAGAAGUACGACUCCGCCUCAGAUCCUAAGCCUUACGCACGCAGAAGAAGAAGACGCUUCUACCGCAGACGAAGCGGGAAAUAAGCCAAAACGAAUUGCGAUAUUACAUCUAUUCAUUCAUUUAUGGUUUAAAGCAGUCAUAUUUGCAUAUUUAAAGAAAUUAACAAAUUAAUCAAUUGAGAAAUAGAGACCAUGUUUUUAAAUUCUGAAAGUAACGUAUUGAUUCCUUUGCUA